ACAGUCAUGCCCGGGCCAGGUCCCAGGCCGCUGCGUCCUGCUCAGAUGCUGCUCCUGCUGCUCAUGGUACUGGUGCUUCCGCGGCCGCCACUCGGGGGCGCCCUGUCCCUGGCCGAGAAGAGCCUCCGAAGCUCCCGGGGCCCCUCGGACGUGCAGUCCGACGCCGCCAGGUUCCAGGAGUUGCGGAAAGGCUACGAGGACCUGCUGGCCAGGCUGCGGGCGAACCACAGCUGGGAAGACUCGAAUGCCGACCCCGUCCCUGUCCCUGCUGUCCGGACACUCAACCCAGAGCUGCAGCUCGGGUCUGACGGCCACCUGCAGCUGAGCGUCUCCCGGGCCGCCCUGACCGAGGGGCUCCCUCCGUCCUCCCGCCUCCACCGAGCCCUGUUCCGGCUGUCCCCAAGGGAACCGAGGUCAUGGGACGUGACGCAGCAGCUGCAGCUUCAGCUCAGCCGGUCCGAUCCCGAGGCGCCCGAGCUACACCUGCAACUGUCACCGCCCUUGUCGCCGCCAGAGCAGUCGCUGGCUAAGUCGAGGUCAGCUCGGCCCCGGCUGGAGCUGCACCUGCGGGCACGCGCCACCUCGGCACGCCGCAGAGCGCGCGCAAGCACCGGGGACAACUGUCCGCUCGGGCCUGGGCGCUGCUGCCAACUGCACACGGUGAGCGUGUCGCUCGAUGACCUGGGCUGGAAUGAUUGGGUGCUGUCGCCGCGGGAGCCACACGUGACCAUGUGCAUCGGCGAGUGCCCGAAACAGUUCCGGGUGGCCAACAUGCACACGCAGAUCAAGGCGCGUCUGCACGGCCGGAAGGCGUCGGUGCCUGCCCCGUGCUGCGUGCCCUCCAGCUACAGCCCCAUGGUGGUCAUGCAGAAGACCGAUACCGGCGUGUCGCUCCAAACCUACGACGACCUCCUGGCCAAGGAGUGCCACUGCGUCUGAGCGACCCUGCUCUGCCACUCCGGGCACCUGCGCAGGGGAAGCGACCUGAGUCGUCCUCGCGUGUAGAAUGGGCCCGCGGGUUCUGGGACCCCCGAGUCCUGCCCCGCCACUGCCUGUGCACUCCUGCCCAAACUGCUGUAUUUAUAAGUCUGUAUUUAUUAUUAAUUUAUUGGGGUCGAUCUGCCUGGGGACAGGAGGGUUGG